AUGGAGAAUGAGGAUGUUGAUAUUAAAAGUGAGCUAGAGAGGGGGCUUGGGCCAGAGUACAUAUCUUUUAAAAACACAGGAUACUCUGAAGAGCCGUACAUAGAGGGAUGGGCGUCUGUUCAAAUGGCCAACAGAAUAUUCGGGUACAGCGGGUGGUCAUCGCAGAUUUUAUCGAUAGAGCCAAUCAGCAUCGAGGAAAUGCCAGAGGGAAAAGUGACAGUAACCGCCAAAGCACACGUAAAAAUUAUCUUGAAAGACGGCACAUUUCGAGAAGACAUUGGCUUUGGGCUCGCAGAGAGAAUCAAAGGCAUAGGAAAGGCGAAAAAGAAUGCAUACAAGUCCGCUGUUACAGACGCAAUAAAAAGAUCUCUCAAACAGUUUGGAAGAGCACUGGGAUCGUGCUGCAAUGACAAGAAUUACAUAAAGCACAUCAAAAGAGUCAGAAAAAUAGAAGUGGGAAUCGAUGACUCUUCGCUGAUCAGGCCAAACAGCAAGCCGCGGACUAUUCCCCGGGAGAGAAUGGCAGCGCGCGAGGAGAAUGCAAGAGUAAAAAAACAAAACAUUGGAAUAAGCUGCAUAGAAGCAGAGAGCGCAAAAAAUAAUAGAAGCACAGUAGAGAGUAAAGUGGCAACUACAAAAAACAAAGAAAGCGAGCAUGCCCAGCCACUAAGAAAAAAUUCAGAAGGUUUCAACAACCACCCCCAAGAUAUCGAGCAAAAUCUGUCAUUUGAUCAAAAUCUUCAGGCCAUUGAUGAUAUCUCAACCGAGUAA